UCUUCGUUCUUUGUCUGCUCAUUUUCUUCAUCACUUUUCUCUUUUUGGUCCAAAGACGUUUUGGUAUAGAUUACUCUACAAUCAAGCUUUUGUUAGUUCGAAAUCGUGGACAAUGCCACUUUGGAGACUCUCUGGCUCUGCAAGAUCAGUUCUUUAUGCUGAAAUGCAUCGUUCUCUAGGGUAUGUUAGGUGUAUCGUCACCAAUUGCAGAGCUGUUGUUGUGCCGCGAUUCGGCGGACCGGAAAUUCUUGAAGUUCGUCCCAAUGUAGAAGUUCCCGAUCUGAAGCCUAAAGAUGUACUCGUUCGUGCUCGUGCUGUCUCGAUCAAUCCUCUUGAUACACGCAUGCGAUCUGGAUAUGGACGUUCAUUAUUUGAACCACUUCUUCCACUAAUAUUGGGUCGAGAUAUUAGUGGUGAAGUGGCAGCAGUUGGAGGUUCAGUGCAAUCCCUACGUGUUGGUCAAGAAGUCUUUGGUGCUCUGCAUCCAACUGCUGUGAGAGGUACUUAUGCUGACUAUGCCAUUCUUUCAGAAGAGGAACUCACAACAAAACCGCCUUCUGUUACACACGUGGAGGCAAGCGCAAUUCCUUUUGCUGCACUGACUGCCUGGCGUGCUAUAAAAAGUACAGCAAGGAUUGCUAGCGGACAAAGGCUGUUGGUACUGGGUGGAGGAGCAGUAGGCUUAGCUGCAACUCAGCUUGCUGUAGCUUCAGGGUGCCAUGUGUCAAUUACAUGUGGAAGUCAAAGUUUAGAGCGAGUUCUGGCAGCUGGUGCUGAGCAGGCUGUUGAUUAUACAGCAGAGGAUUUUGAAGUGGCAAUUAAAGGACAAUUCGAUGCUGUUUUAGACACUAUUGGUAAACCAGUAACUGAAAGAGUAGGCAUCAAUUUUCUGAAGCGAGGUGGGCACUACAUGACACUGCAGGGAGAGGCAGCAUCCAUGGCUGAUAGUUAUGGAUUAGUUUUGGGGAUUCCUCUAGCUACUACCAUUUUGUUGAAGAAACAAAUUCUGUAUCGUAUCUCCCAUGGAAUAGAGUAUUGGUGGACAUAUAUGAGGGCUGACUCUGAAGGACUACAUGAGAUCCGGAAGUUAUUAGAAGCCGGGAAGCUAAAGAUACCAGUGGACAAGACGUUCCCAAUCACCGAAGUGAGAGAGGCUCAUGAGGCAAAAGACAAGAAGCUCAUUCUUGGUAAGGUAGUGCUUGAAGUUGACUGAAGAUGAAUUUCAGACGUUCUGGAGACACCAUCUGUUAUUGGACUCACAGAGAAAGUCCUUCAGCUUUUGUACAGUAACUGCUACAUUGUUAAUGGAAUCAUCACAUGCACUUACAAUUCUGUCCCAAUAAAAGUAACAGGGGAAGAUGAUUUUCUGUGGGACUAAAGGCAAGAAAUACAACCCAUGUAUCUGGUUUACACAUUUCUACGAAGAAAUUGGUUGGUUC